AUGUCAAUUUCUGAAGAAUAUUCUACGCUGUUCUCAGUGUCUACGAAUAAGCUGCUAGGAGAUAUCCCUUUGGGGUAUUAUAUCUGGAUUUUAAUAGAUGUAGUUUUUAUGAUACUGACGACUACAGCUGUACUCGUCUUGUUCACCAAAUUGCAAACAAUUUCAAGUUUCUUUAGGAAUCACUUCUAUGUGACGUUUUUUAUUGUAUUUGUCGGUGCCAUUCUACUACUUCCAAUAGUAGAUAUGACAAACUUGCCAAACUUCUGUGUAUAUUUUCUGCUCGGAAGUACAGUUUUGCUGUGGUCUGUGAGCUUGGCUGCCGGCUUUGGAUCUGUUGACAUGUUCUAUGGAUUUAUAUCACUAAUUUUGACAACUGUGAUUACAAUCCUGACUGUGGGGUUGGCACGGAAAUUACCAUCAAUGGAUGAUGAUCAGUUGACUGUCUUUACUACAAUAUCAAUUAACUUUUUGAUUUUAUCAGUCGUCCUAAUAAUAUUUAGUGUCGCCAUGCAACCAGAUAAGCCAAUCUUCAAAAUCUUGUCAGCAUUUUUCUUUGGUUUAUUCGUAAUCUGCUUAAUAUUCGGCUUUAUAAACAAAUUGGAAAUGGUAGUAUGGUGGUUUUCGCCGUAUCCAUCGCAAUUUGUUGAAGCUUUUAUUCUCUGGUUACUAAUGUUCUGCCUUUUCGUCAUAGUAUAUACUACUUCACUGUUGCCUAAAAUAAGGAAGAAAUAA